AUCCCCUUAAACGAUAAAUUCAUUCAUUAAUAUGACCGAACAAAUGCCUCAGUCUCGCUUGUUUGACCGAGAACAGUGCAAGUAUUGUGGUGGUUAACAGUGUUAAAACGCCUCUGGAUUACGACGGUCAAUAACGAUGCCAGCACCAACCGACGCCGUGUCAGCAGGCGAGGCGGCGCUCCUGCGCAAAGCGAGCGACAUUUUCGUCGCCACCUUCAAACGGAGCCCCACCGCUGCAGCUGCCGCGCCGGGCCGCGUCAAUCUUAUAGGGGACCAUGUGGAUUACUGCGAAGGAUUUGUUCUGCCUGUGGCGUUGCCGUUCCUAACAGUUGUGGUUGGCGCCAACAACGACACGUCGUCGUGCCGCGUCGUGUCGAUGCUCGACUCUGGGCGUAAGGAGGCGACGUUCCCUACGCCCAGCUCUGGUCAGCUGAAGCCCGGGGAACCAGCUUGGGCUAAUUAUGUUAAGGGCGUCGUGGCUAACUUCCCUGGUGCCGUAAAAGGUUUUGACGCCGUGAUCGUCUCGGACCUGCCGAUGGGCGCUGGCCUGUCAAGUAGUGCCUCUGUUGAAGUCGCCACUUACACCUUAUUAGAAGCUCUAACGGGAACUAAUACCGAUCCAGUGAAGAAGGCCCAGCUGUGGCAGAAGGCCGAGCAUGAGUUCCCGGGCAUGCCGUGCGGCAUCAUGGAUCAGUACGUCGUCACGAUGGCGAAGAAAGACCACGCUCUUUUCAUUGACUGUAGGUCCCUUGAAAACACCCAAGUGCCCAUCACGAACGGCGACACCGUCAUCCUCGUGAUCAACUCCAAUGUGAAACACCAGCUGACUGGCAGCGAAUAUCCCCAACGCCGUGCGCAGUGCCAGAAAGCUGCUGAGUUACUAGGCUUCCCUUCGCUUAGAAACGCUACCAGAGAACUCGUUGAAGAUCUGAGACGAAAGAAAUGCGACGUAGAUGUGGUUAAGCGGGCGCAGCACGUUGUCGAAGAGAUACGCCGCACCGAGGAGUGCGCCAAGAGCUUGCGGGUUGGAGACUUGGAGCAUGUCGGUAAGCUGUUCUACGAGUCUCACGAGACGUUACGCAAUCUGAUGGAGGUGUCUUGUCCGGAGCUUGACCAGCUGGUUGCCAUAGCCAAAACGGUUCAGGGCGUCUACGGUGCCAGGAUGACGGGCGGCGGAUUUGGGGGCUCGGCGGUUGUCCUUGUAAAAAACGCUGCGGUAGAACAACUCAAAAGUCGAAUUCUGAGUGAAUACAAAGGAAAGCCUACAUUCUUAGUGGCUGUGCCUAGCGACGGCGCGAGGAAACUGAACAUUUAACUUUAAUAAACAGUGAUCGUUAAUUUUCCAGCAAUUUUGGUGCAGCAUAGUAAAAAUAAAGGAUUUUCUUAAAUUUUUUUCUAGGGAGAAAAUUAAUAUUACUGUUAUUAACCCUAAUUAUCUAUUCCACCUAGAGUAGGGCAUACAUAUGCUUUUAAUCAACAAUGCUGCACCAAAAUUGCUGGAAGAUUAACGAUCACUGUUAAUAAAACAACAGGCUAGGAUAACAACUACAACGUGAACAAUUAUGGAACUACGUGUAGUUUUUCUUUUUUUGUCAUUAAAAUACCUAUUUGUACUUUUAAGAAAGGGACCAAACAUAUUUUGUAUAAGGUAGGAAUAAUAAGGGAUUAUUUAAGUGUUUACUUUAAAUAGUUUUGUAUCAAUUUUAAAUUAGUAAAGUUAUUAUUUCUUAUUUUUGAUGAUGAUGAUUAUAUGUGCUAAGUAAUGUAAUGAAAUAAUAAGAAUUUAUACGGUGAUAUCUACCACGAUAAAUCCUUCCAUACUUCGCAAACUUAAGUAUAAGUUACUUAACGUUAAUCAUGCGUUGAGAAUAUAUUUCAUUAGUUUCAUUACGAAGAAUUGCUCAAAGAGGUUUUUGCCUUGUUUUGUUUUUUCAGAUAAUAUAUUAAGGAGUUCAUAUAAUUUGUCAAGAAAAAAUAUUUUUUCUCCGCAACUCUUUAUUCUUUAAAUACUGAAGAAAAAAUAGCUUUUUAUCCACAAAAAAGACAAAACAGUAAUCUGAUGCAAAUUUUGAGAUGUUCCUUCAUUUUGGCAGGUUGAUAAAUAUUUAAUAUCGUUCAUUUAGAUUUGAUUUUUAAUGAUUUACAGUUAGUAUUGCGGUCAAAAAUGUUACUAUUCAUUAGGUAGCAAAGUUUGAUUCGUGGUUUAAAACGCUCUAAUAGAUUCCAGGGCUAUAACCGCGAAAAUCGAAGUUCGCAAAAUGGGGGCAUUUUUCUCUGUCACUCUAAUUACGCCUUCAUUGGAGUAAAAGAGAAAGAUCCCCGCAAUUUGCGAAUUUCGGUUUUCGCGGUAGCCCCUCAGUUUUAGAAUCUUUCGCUUGCUCGCGUAGAUACCUAUUUAAUAUUGGCACGAGGAAUUUUAAACAACUAUUCCCCCGUGUGAAAUAAAUAACUAUUAGGUACAUUGUUCAGAUUUGUGAUUAAGCCAAACAGAAAACAACAUUCCAAAAAACUUUUUAUUAAAUACGUACCUGUCUCGUAUUUUCUAUUACUGAUGUAGUAAUUUAUUAUAUAUUUGUACUCUUAGAACUGUAAGAAUCGAUUUGAUGGGUACCUAAAUACGAGCAAAAAAUUAAAGUUGUUGUUGUUUACCUA